GCGCAAAAUGGGAAAGAAAAGAAAAGAGCGGCCACCAGCCACGGAAGACGCCACAGCCACCGGCCCACCGCUGCCGCUCUCCAGCCGCUAGCACCGACGACAACUGCCCAGCCAAGAGCGGUCGAUCGAGGCGUCGUAGAGUCUGCUGCUGGAGGCGUGCACGCCUGCUCCACCGAGCGGCUUCAUGGCCUAGGUAGCAGCUCAAGCUUCGGCGGCGGCUGUGCCCGGCCGGCCGCUUCAUCCAACGACUUGAUUGCACAGGCCCAGAUUGUACCCUCCUCAAGACUUGAGUUUGCCCCAAUACUCUUCCCCCCAUCACAGCCCAAACUCCCAAUCGAUGCCCUUCUCUUUUUGUUUUGAAAGAUUAAUCGAUCCCCUUCUUGGACGGCUAUUUUUGUUCCGAAUCAUUUUCACCACAUUUGCAUAUUAUCUUUUCAAAUUGAUGCAGAAGCUGCCCGCAAAGCCAUCCCCGGCUACGGAUCGAUUGUGGAUUGGACAACCUUUAGGCGAAUUUGGUUGUGAUCUGUAGUCUUGAGGCUAAUUACAGGCAGAACAGAACAGAACCUAAUAUGGCUUCCUUGCCAUUGGCCACUGCCGAAGUAUGUGACUCCAAUGCUGGUUUAAUUCUGAAUGGCGAUCUUCGUGCCCUCCAACCAAUCUUCCGUAUCUAUGGAAGGCGACAGAGUUUUGCUGGCCCUGUUGUGACAUUGAAGAUCUUUGAGGACAAUGUCCUGCUCCGUGAGUUCCUGGAGGAGAAAGGUCAUGGCAGGGUCCUGGUGGUCGAUGGUGGUGGGAGCACGCGCUGCGCUAUUUUGGGCGGCAACCUUGCUCAGCUAGCGCAGAACAAUGGGUGGGCCGGUAUUGUGAUUAAUGGUUGCAUCAGGGACGUCGACGAGAUCAAUGGCUGCGACGUUGGCAUCCGCGCUCUAAACUCACACCCCAUUAAGUCGAACAAGAAGGGUGUCGGUGAGAAGCAUGUCCCUGUGACCUUUGCAGGAACCAGAAUUUGCGAUGGCGAGUGGCUGUAUGCUGAUUCGGAUGGUAUCCUUAUCUCAAAUUCAGAAUUGACUGUGUAGACCUGUUCCAUCCGUAUCCAGCGUGUACUGGGCGCUUAGGAGGGCAUAACCCAUGUCAUGUUUGUGUUAUAUAUUGUCUGAACUUUAUUUAACUAGUAUUCCGGUUGAAUCACAUGACUAGUGGGAAUAAUUUGUAUUUUCAUAGUUACUAAGUAUUUUCAGUUUGUCGUUUGUAAA